AUGGUGAGCCGACGCGGUGGACUAGGACACGAUAACGGAGAACCCUCUAACGUAAACCACGACCUAGCCCAAAUCGUUCAAGCAUUCAUAGCUGCUUUGAACGGCAACCGUCAGAACCAAAACCAUGACGAUGGACCCAUGACCCGAACCCGAGCGAUGAACGAGUUCUGCAAACGCCGACCUCCAACCUUUCACGGAGACACCAACCCUGUCGUGGCUGAGUCGUGGCUGAAUGAGCUGAAGGGAGAAGCCCGCUAUUGGUGGGACCUGAUGGAGGCCACCCAUACCAUAGCCAAUUUGACCUUUCCCCAGUUCGAGGCCUUGUUGCUUGACAAGUAUUUUCCCACGCCUCUUCGCCUAGCCAAGGAACAAGAGUUCCUGAAUCUCAAGCAAGGAACAAUGACCGUUACACAGUACGCGGCCAAAUUUGAGGAAUUGUCCCGUUACGCCCUAACCUCCAUACCAACUGAGGACAAGAAGGCCAGAAGGUUCGAGUGGGCGCUGACUACUACUCGCAAGGCUGUGGUAGCUCAAGCUUUCACCACCUAUGCCGAGGUUACGAAGUGUGCUCUCCGGCUAGAGAGUGAGGAGAGUGACUUCAAAACUCGAUGGAGGAAGGUCACUAUAAGUGUGACUGCCCCCAACUUCAAAGAGGAAGGAAUGGAAGCUUUGGAAAUCAGAAAGCUCAACAACCCGGACAGGCCGAUUUUGUGA